AUGAUUGUCUGUCUGUUUCUUUCUCUCUGUUCAUAUCUCCCACUCACUGAUCAUAUUUACCUACUUAUCUAUCUAUCUGUCUCUUCAUAUCUACCUAUUUCUCUCUCUGCUCAUAUUUUCCUAUCUCUCUCUCUCUCUCUCUCUGGGUUCAUAUCUACCUAUCCCGCCCUUUCUCUCUCUCUGUUCAUAUCUAUUUAUUUUUCUCUCUCUGUUCAUAUCUACCUAUCUUUCUUUCUCUGUUCAUAUCUACCUACCUCUGUUCAUAUCUACCUAUCUCUCUCUAUUUAUAUAUCUACCUACCUAUCUCUUGCUCUAUCUUCCUACCUAUCUCUCUGUUCAUAUUUACCUAUAUCUCUCUGCUCAUAUAUCUACCUACCUAUCUCUCUCUGUUCAUAUAUCUACCCCUCUCUCUCUGUUCAUAUAUCUACCUACCUAUCUCUCUCUGUUCAUAUAUCUACCUAUCUAUCUAUCUCUCUGUUCAUAGCUAUCUUCCUACCUAUCUCUCUCUCUCUCUGUUCAUACCUACCUAUAUCUCUCUGCUCAUAUAUCUACCUACCUAUCUCUCUCUGUUCAUAUAUCUACCCUCUCUCUCUCUGUUCAUAUAUCUACCUACCUAUCUCUCUCUGUUCAUAUAUCUACCCUCUCUCUCUCUGUUCAUAUAUCUACCUACCUAUCUCUCUCUGUUCAUAUAUCUACCCCUAUCUCUCUCUGUUCAUAUAUCUACCUACCUAUCUCUCUCUGUUCAUAUAUCUACCUAUCUCUCUCUCUCUCUCUAUUCAUAGCUAUCUUUCUACCUAUCUCUCUCUGCUCACAGCUAUCUUCCUACCUAUCACUCUCUGUUCAUAUAUCUACCUCCCUAUUUCUCUCUGUUCAUAUAUCUACCUCCCUAUUUUUCUCUGUUCAUAUAUCUACCUACUUAUCUCUCUCUGUUCAUAUAUCUACCUAUCUAUCUCUCUCUCUAUUCAUAGCUAUCUUCCUACCUAUCUCUUUCUGUUCAUAGAUAUCAACCUACCUAUCUCUCUCUCUCCCUGUUCAUAUCUAUCUAGCUUGCUAUCUCUCUGUCAGUUGCUGUAA